AUGGAUCUCUUCCAUAGGGCCAAGCGCAUGAUCCCCACGGCCCAGCUCGAGCUGCCCACGCUCGACGAGAACAGAGGCGGUGCCAGGCAAAAAGGAUGGGCUGCUCGUCUUGCCUUCUUCCGGAGACCGCUGCGAUUGCGAGGAAACUCGGCCGUUUCUGUGCCUCUUGGCGUCGUCAUCCUCUUUCCUCUGAUUGUCGUCAUCCUUAUCUUGGUCCUCUUCGUCCGCCAUCCCAACAACAAUGGCAGCAUUCUCGUCCCAGCUGGAGCACCGCCAGCCAUUAGUGAAAAAUACGACAAAGUCUUCCUCACCGGCUGCCAACCCCCCGACAACAAGCAACCCAGAGCCAAUGCCACCUUUGUCGUCCUCGCCCGAAACAAGGAGCUUGAAGGUGUCCUUCAGUCCAUCAAGUCCGUUGAGCGUCAUUUCAACCGCUGGUUCAACUACCCCUAUGUCUUCCUCAAUGACGGUGACUUUAACGAGACCUUCAAGGAGACCAUCCGCAAUCACACCUCCGGUACUGUCGAGUUUGGCAAGGUCGGCCCCGAAAUGUGGGGUUUCCCUGACUGGAUCGACACCAAGGUCGCCAAAGAGGGUAUCGCCAAGCAAGGUGAUAAUGCUGUCAUGUACGGUGGACUCGAAAGCUACCACUUUAUGUGCCGCUUCUACUCUGGGUAUGUCUCCCGCUACGCUGCGUGCGUCCAAAAUGCUAACCAACCCAGGUUCUUCUUCAACCAUCCUCUCCUACUCAAGUAUGAAUGGUACUGGCGCGUUGAGCCCGAGAUCACCUACUUUUGCGACAUCACCUAUGACCCCUUCCUCAAGAUGAUUGAGCAGAAAAAGACAUACGGCUUCACGAUUGCUAUCAAGGAGCUCCGUGAAACAGUUCCCAAUGUCUUCCGCUAUGCCUCAGCCUACAUGCGAAAUAACAACAUCACCUCCAAGGGACUCUGGGAAAUGUUCCUAGAACCCCGCAAGAAGCAGCCCGAAGUCAUCAAGGAUGUCCUGCCCGAAGAGAUUUCGCAGAGCGAGCCUGGCAGCGGCGCCCUGCCCGACAUUGACCCCGAGACCAUGGAGGGCGACAGCUACAACAUGUGCCAUUUCUGGUCCAACUUUGAAAUUGCCCGUCUAAGCUGGUUUCGCAGCAAGGAGUACCAAGACUUCUUCGAGACGCUCGACCGCAGUGGUGGCUUCUGGAUGGAGCGCUGGGGUGAUGCUCCUAUCCAUUCUCUUGCUGCUGGUGCUCUUCUUAGCCCUAGCGAUGUCCACUACUUCCGCGACAUUGGCUACCGUCACACCACGAUCCAGCACUGCCCUGCCAACGCCCCCGAGGCCCGACAACUCCCUCCUAUCCCAUACCUCGACCCCAACACCAAGGACGAAAAGAAACGCCAAGAGGAAGACGACUACUGGAGCAAGUACGACGAACCUCAGGAGAACGGCGUUGGCUGCCGCUGCCGCUGUGACACAGACAUUGUCGAUGUUGAGGGCAAAGAAGGCUCAUGUAUGGCCGAAUGGGUCGACGUUGCUGGAGGCUGGGCCAGCCCUUAG